AUGAACACGGGGUCUAAGCAGUGACAGCAGAAUAAAACCAGAACUUGAUAUGAACGCCUGCUAUGUGUUGUUGGUCGUGACAGUAGUUCUGAACCUGACUCAGGGUCUAUCCCUCGCAAAACGUAAUGCAAUCAUCGAGAAUACCUCCGAGGAGGGUGGAAUGAGAGCAAGCGAAGAACUGCAAACUCCUCUAAGAGGUUUGAGCGAAGAGAUGCAGAUGCCUUCUCGCGGAGGCGGACUUAGCGAAGAGCUGCAGAUGCCUUCUCAUGGAAGAGGUCUUAGCGAAGAGAUGCAGAUGCCUUCUCGUGGAGGAGGUCUUAGCGAAGAGAUGCAGAUGCCUUCUCGUGGAGGAGGUCUUAGCGAAGAGAUGCAGAUGCCUUCUCGUGGAGGAGGACUCAGUGAAGACAUGCAGAUGCCUUCUCGAGGAGGAGGACUCAGUGAAGAAAUGCAAACUCCUCUACGAGGAAAAAACACCGAAGAAAACUUUGUACCUCUCAGAAGAAUGAGCGAAGAAGUUGAUAUGGACGAUAUAGCACUCCGUGAAAUGGAAGCACCAUGGGAGACAUAUGACGUCGUUCCCUUCAAGAGCCAAGCAUCUGCUAAGAAAAGGCCAGCAAGAGGAUAGACUACACUCGAGGAAGAAUUUCACUACUUUUUAACAUCGUACGCAGGAUGUACGAUUAGCACUGUAAUAUCGCUAGACGCCGACGAUUUAGUUUUACUGCUCUAUCUCAGUUGCAAUGUGGACUUUUAAAUAUUAUAUUGUAUAGUAAUUGAAACAUCAUUCUUUUAUUUUCAAUCGCAUUUCGUA